AUGUCUCUCGAGCCUGUUCACUGGAUACCGGUACCCCAAGUCAUCCAUUACCAACAGCUGUUACUGCAACUUUCUGUUCGACUCGUGUCUACCACCCAUCCCGACACUUGGUGGCAUCACGACACCUACCUGCCCCUCAAUCCCGUCUUUGGCCCCUCGCCGGACGCUCCUCAGGAUCCGCAAGUGUCAACAUGCGGUCCGAUUGCGAUCGACAUUGGGGAUUCCAGAGUGACCCACGUGGAGGUGGAGUUCACUGUGCCUGGUAAUGGGAAGUAUCCAACUUUCAAGGUUGGACCUGGCCUGAACAGCACAACAGCACUCUUAUUCCCCAAGCAGCGGCUGCUAUAUCCCAAAUCGACAACUACUGUGCAUAGUUCCUUUCUGCUCUGGCGUCAUCGCGCAAAACCGCAGAUGUCGGUUCUACAACCAGAGACGGGCAUCUUCUACGGCCUCUGCUGGGUCGUCAUCGUCGUCCGAUUGAUCUCACGAAGAUUACAUAGAGGCAGUUGGAAACUCCUCCAAUGGGACGACUAUCUGACAUUAGCUACGGAUUCGGUGCUUAUUGCAGUCAUGCACGAAAUCACCAAGACCAGCAGCAACCUCAUUCCGCCCGGCGAUGAUGUAUCUCAGUACUCAGCUCUGGAAAUUCAGAACCGCAUCUACGGGUCAAAACUAGUCUUGGUGGUGGAACAGAUGCAGAUUCUUACCAUUUGGCUCAUCAAGACUUGCCUAUUGCUCAUGUACAAUCGUAUGACAAUGGUAUUGCCUCAACACAAGGUGGUCAUAGCUACGUCAGUCUACGUUGGUUUAACAUUUGUCGCCAUGGAAGUACUGUACUUCGGCGUAUGGUGUCGCCCUUUCAAUCAAUACUGGGCCGUUCCUACAUACUCCAGCCAAUGUUCUGCUGCGACGAAUCACCUCAUCACGAAUGCUGUUUUCAACAUCUCGAGCGAUCUCAUCAUCAUAAGCAUACCUAUGCCAUUACUGUUCAAAGUUCGUCUGCCGAAGAAGAACAAGGCAAUUCUUUUCAUGAUCUUCCUCAUUGGCGCAUUCACGAUCGUUGCCGCUGUUUUGAACAAAUACUACUCUUUUACGCAUCCAUUCGGAACGCAAUGGACCAUAUGGUAUAUCAGGGAAUCAUACACCGCAAUCCUCUGCGCCAACCUGCCGUUGACAUAUCCACUCGUUCAACGCAUUUUCAAGCUCCGUAACUGGAGCGAUCCGACCAAUGGGGGUAACACAUACUCUUCGAGGAUGCAAGCCUCUCGUAACAUCAACGCAUCGUCGAGCGGAGUUCAAAGAGCCUGUCAGUUACCAAAAGGCUUUCGAGAUGUUUUCAAACGCAUGGAAAGCCAGGAGGAUAUCAAUGGGGUACUGGGGAAGCAGCAUGGGGACAGCAGGGAACCCCAAUUCAUUACUAGCGUCAUUGAAAUGGAAGAGAGGAGGUCACUUCCAGUUCCAAACCCGGCCCCUCAUUUGAGUUGGCGAAGUACUGACGAAGGCAUAAGGCAACAAGAUCCUUAUCAUGCCGUUUGA